UGUAGUGUCGUAGUGUGUAACUCAUUGGCUAUACAAUAGUCGUUUUUGUCAAACCAAAAUGUCAGACGUCGAUAAUUGGAUUGAGAUAGCAAAACAAUGCAAAUAUUUGCCAGAAAAUGAUCUCAAGAAACUCUGCGACAUUGUAUGUGAUUUAUUGCUGGAGGAGUCUAAUAUUCAACCAGUAUCAACUCCAGUAACCGUUUGUGGUGAUAUUCACGGACAGUUUUAUGAUUUGGAAGAAUUAUUUCGCAAUGGAGGUCCAGUGCCUGAUACUAAUUAUAUUUUUAUGGGAGACUUUGUAGACAGAGGAUACUACAGCUUAGAAACUUUUACACGAUUGUUAACACUUAAAGCUAAAUGGUCAGACAGAAUAACAUUAUUACGUGGAAAUCAUGAAUCACGACAAAUUACACAAGUUUACGGAUUUUAUGAUGAAUGUGAAAUGAAAUAUGGUAAUGCAAAUCCAUGGAAAUAUUGUUGCAGAGUAUUUGAUUUACUUACAGUAGCUGCCUUAAUCGAUGAACAAGUACUUUGUGUACAUGGUGGUCUAUCUCCAGCUAUCAGAACAUUAGAUCAAAUUAGGACGAUCGAAAGGAAUCAAGAAAUCCCUCAUAAAGGAGCGUUUUGUGAUUUAUUAUGGUCUGAUCCAGAAGAUGUUGAUGCGUGGGCGGUAAGUCCGCGUGGUGCUGGUUGGUUAUUCGGAAGUAAAGUAACUCAUAAAUUUAUGGAAAUAAAUGAUUUAGAACUUAUAUGUAGAGCUCAUCAAUUAGUGCACGAAGGAUAUAGGUACAUGUUUGAUGAUAAACUUGUGACAGUAUGGUCAGCACCUAAUUAUUGUUAUCGUUGCGGAAAUGUAGCUAGUAUAUUGCAGUUCACAACUGUUGAUCAAAGAAGUACAAUACUAUUCCAAGCUGUGCCAGAUUCUGAAAGAGUUAUACCAUCUUUGACUAUUACUCCAUAUUUCUUGUGAUCAAUUAUAGAAUACUGUUUUUAUAUGGAAUAGAAAAUAAUAUACAUACUUGGAAUCAUGAUCUAAUUCAUGAUCAAUUCUCUAAUUGAUCAAUGAAUAGCUAAUUAUUCGUGGUUAUUACAUAUUGUCGAUUCUUUAGAUAAAAAAAAAAGAAAACAUAGAAAAGGAAAGAUCACUUUAAUCAUGAAAAAUUAUAUACUAAUAAUGAAUUUCCACCGAAUUUUCCAUUAUUUUAUAAUAAAAAAAAAUGAAAAAAUAACAAAAAAAACAAUAAAAAAAUAAAAUUAUGUAAUUACAUGAUAUACUUAGUCGAAUGAACAAAUCCAUCCGGCAUGAUAAUUAAAUAAAUAGUUGUACAUUAUAACGAUAGUCAUUGUAGACAUCAAUAUAAUAAAUUGAUCAGUUUUAUUUUGCCUAGUAUGUUGCCUGGAACUUGACACUCAGAGCUUUUGGAUAAGUAGUUAUUAAUUUGUCGGCAAUGGAUUUUUAAAAGUCAGAAUUAUAAAAAAAAAUAUUUGUUAAACAUUUAAACAUUCCGGCAAACAAAAGGCUCUGCAACCAGUUAAUGCUAGUUUUUUAUUUAAUAUUCAUACUCAAUUGUAUAUUUUAUUUAAUAUUAUUAUUAUCUUAAGAAGACUACUAUCUUUUAAAUAAUUCGAAUCGAAUGAGAACGUAUAUUGUAUUCAAAAUAUUUUUAUUUUUUUUUUUCAUAUUUAACGCGAUGCAACUUAUUAAUUAUAAAUAGCAUUCAAAAUAAUAAAAAUCUAUGUAAAUUUUGAACAGGUAUAUUUAAAUAAAAAAAUUAUCAAGUAUUAUAGAUUUUUAGAGAAUUAAGCUUGCAAUAAAUUUUCAUUUGUUAGAAAAUUAACAAAAUUACUGACAAUUAAGAUCUAAAAAAAUACAUUAUGUAAUUUAUAAUAUGAAACGUUCACAAAAUAAACUCUGCA